AUCAUCAGAAAAACUUACCUAUUAGGAGUUUCGUCCUCAUAGAUCUCCCACUGAUUCUUUUUAAUCUGAGGAAAAGAUAUAUCGGGGCACGAAUGUAAAGUUUUAAUUUUAGCCCGGGUUAAUUAAUGGUUUUGUUGGCGGCAAGACCAAAGUAGACUGUCUCUGCUGCUCCGGAGGCGCUACUGUCAAAGGCGAUAAAUCAGCUGGUUGUGUAAUGAGUCUCGCAGUCGAGCCCGGUGAUGAAUGUGUGGAAUAAGAAGAGACACCGCGCUGAACAGUGACGUGCUCUCCGCUUUGUGUGUGUGUGUGUGUGUGUGUUUCUAAUGUCAUUACUAAAAGGCAGACGGAGAGCGCAGAAGCAGCAGAAUCUGCAGCAUAUGAACUCCAUAAGAGUCUCCACUGGAACAAUGAUUUAGAGUCACUUUUAACAACUUUCGUGAGCAAAUGAUCAUGUCAGAGUCUGUACGGAAGAUGCUGAGGGCGAAGCUCGUAGUGCUGGGAAGAGAUAACUGUGGGAAGACAGCUCUGUGUGUCAGAUUCAUCACCAGGCGUUUUAUUGGAGAGUAUGAACAUAAAAGGGAGGUCACCUACAGGUGUCAGAAAAUUGUGGACAAGGAGGCGAUUGAACUGGAGAUUUUAGACACUGUUGAUAAGGUGCCAAAUGUUCGGAACAACAUAAGGGAGUGUGUAGGACCUGCUGCGUCCUCUCUGGAGAGUUCCAUUAAAUGGGGUGAUGGGUUUCUCAUUAUGUACUCCGUGACGGACCGCAGCAGUUUUGAGGCGGUGUCGCGCCUGAAAAGACUGAUUGACCACGUUAAACAAACACUCGGUAUUCCAACAGUCAUCGUUGCCAAUAAAUGUGACAUGGAGAAUGGCCGAGUGGUGAGGACAGAUGAGGGACAGGUUUUAGCCUCAGACCUGAGGUGCAGUUUCUUUGAGCUGUCUGUAGCCGAGGACACUUCAGCAGUGGAGGCUGCGUUCGGCCAGCUGGUGCGUGAAGUGCGUCAGGAGUUUCAGCGCCACCUGGUGGCUAUGGACAAGCGCUCACGGAUGCUGCAGAUGAGACAUGCACUCAAAAACAAACUCACACGGAGUAAAACCAUGCAGUGGUGACAAGGAGGACUAAAUGCAGUUAAGACCUGACAACUAUAGUGCUGUAUCCUGUCAUGACUACCUUUCAGAGAACAAGACCCUUUUUGGAUUACAAAUACUGUCAUGGACAGUGUUAUCUGUAUGUAUAUUUAUGACACACAGCAUGAAGUAGGAAAAAGCAACAGUGUGUUUUUAAAGGUGCAGUGUGUAAUUUAUAUGCCACCGGCAGUACCAAAUUGAAUUGCGAAAACAAUAACUGCUAAAUCGGACUAACAGAUAGUCCAAACUCAAACAUUUGCAACUGAUUGAGCCAGAAGUUGAUGUGUCGAAACAAAAAAUAAAACAACUAAAAACCCUGCA